GGGUGUUGCAGAGAUCCUUAGAUCCAGUCAGCAACUGCAGUCAGUAGUGUGUUGAAACGCAAAUUUUCCCCACCCUGUUUUUAUACUGCCACUGCCAAAUGGAGCAAGCAAAGGAAAGAAAGGGAGUGUGUGUUGUAGGCAGUUUUCUUGCGAAAUUCAGCAGGGAAAUUCGUAGAAAUUGUAGAGUUAAACUAACGUGCUCAGUUUAUACAGAUGGACUUUUUCAAGUAACGUGCUAGAAUUGAGUUUUGAGGUUUUAACUUUCCUCGCGAAAAUGAAAUCGUACAGUGUCCUAGAUAGAAACAUAUUAUUUUAGAUUUUCUAUAACUUGUUUAAGUGCUACGCCAAAUUUUGAACUAACUCUCAAGUAACUAUACUGUCUAUUACUGAAAAGUCAUAAGUUGUGCCGUCCUCACAAGCGAAAAACUAAUCGCGUCAAAGGAUUUUCCCGUCGGAAAAUUCGCAGAGUGCACAAAACUAGAACGACAAAGAAAAUCACGAGUGUGGGGAAAAGGGAAAAUUAGCUUAGGAUAGCCUAUUUUCCCACAGAAGAAAGGAAAAAAAAACAAGAAGACAACUCAACUCGAGAGGAUCCUUGACUUAGAUUGCAUCGUGAAGUGUGCUAAUUUCGCACGAAUAAAAGGACAUAAUCCAAUCGACUCCCCGUAUGGGGGAAAAAUCCCUGCAACAAAAACAACAAACAGUGCUGUGAGAAGGGGGGGGGGGAAACUGCCAGCCUGAAAACGUGGUGAAAAACGAGGAUGCACCGCAAACUGCUGGGAGCAAAAGGGGAGUCUGUUUGGGAACUGCUGUUGUUGUUGUUGUUGGGAAAAUCGAUACUUGCUUCACGUGGUGGAGUGAAGUAGGCGGCUGCGGCUGCUGCGAUUGUGGGUGGGAGGGAAAUUGGCGUCAAAAUAAGGCAGACAGCAACACAGAAGCAGUCAUCGGAAAAAUGCUGUGGGAUGUGGGUUGGUUGUUGUUUGGAGAAUCGUAGAUCGAAGCAGCACUGAUAGCAGCAUCGGACCAGUGCAGUGCGGUGUUGUGCGUGCUGCAUACCUUGAAGGCGCGCGCGAACAAAGAAAGCGAGUCCCGAGCCUGUCAGCUCAAAAUCCAACAACGAACGAGCGACUGAUAUAGUCGUUGGGUGCUCAAUCCACACCGGGUUGAACAAUAGCCCUGCUGAUUAGCUCCUUCGAGUGGCAGCCAGCUCGAGAGUGUCGUCCUUCCUCGCGUGUCCCCAAAUGCAGACGAAAGAAAAAGGACUCUACCUCCUCCACCAGCCCCAAAGGACAAUGUGUUGUGAUUAUGAACUAGUGUGCAACUCGGCCCAAGGCUAGGACAAGACUGUACAGAACAAAGUUGUUGUUCGUAGUUGUGUGUGUGUGAGUGUGUGUUGAUUUGGCCUCGAGGGGGUGAAGAAAAGGAUAGUGAAUCCUUUUUUAGAGGGCUGUCAGGAUGCAUUUCCGUCACGAAGAGAGCAGGCACCUGCUGCGGAAUGCCAGCGCCAGCACGGCCGUGGAGUCCAAGUUUGACCACCACUCGAUUGUGUGGCCGUUCCUGAUACAGAAUGCGAUGGAGAACCCGCUCUGUACGACGGCCACUCCGGCCAACUCGACGGUUUCCGUGCUGCUGUGGACCACAAUCGCGGUCUUCGGAAUCGUGUACACGCUGCUAGGAUAUCGAUGUCUUCGGGCGAUUGGUUUCCUCACUGGUCUGGCAGCAGGGGCCGGAUGCAUCGUCCUGUUGCAGAGCAAAAAUAUUACAGGUUUUGGAAAUUUGGCCGCCCCAGCCCUGGCCGUGGUGGCCGGCCUGUUUGGUGCUAUUCUGGGAUCGACCCACCCAAUCUCGUCCACGUUGAUCGGAGCCUCGGCCGGGGCCCUGGUGGCCGGUGCCACCAUCGCCGCCUGUAUUGCCACACUACCUCAUUACAUCUUUGGAGAAAAUGAGCUCCUGGUAUCGGUUGUGGGCGGUGCAAUUAUCUGUUCAAUUAUCACACUAUUCUGUCCGAAACUGAUGUCAAUCAUCGCUUCCAGUGUUCUGGGUUCAGCCAUGAUCUUGUGCUCGAUUGACUUCUUCAUGCACGGCUUGAACACGAUGGAUUGGUUGUUCAACAUGAAGCCGGACCCAACUCCCCCUCCCUGCUGGGGUGGCGUUAUCCUGUGCUGUUGGCCAAUCACCUCAGUGUUGGGAGUGUUGGUGCAGUGCUUUGUGACCGCUUGGAAAAUUGACCACCGAAGGCAGAUGAUGCACCGGAGGCGACGGCACUACAAGGGCCGCCAGGGUUCGCGAUCGAGGGAAACCCGCGAGGAGGCCCGCCAGCGGAAGUACCGCUAUCUGUACCAGGUCCGGACCGCCCGGGGUGAUAUCAUCUCGCAGAACUUUGUCUCCGCCCUCCAGAAGCACGUGACCACCGACUCCGGCCCACCGUCCGAGGUGUCCACCAAGACGGGCUCAAACGACCGGAACACGGCCCGCAGCGACCGGACCCACAUGACGAACCUGCCCGAUUCGGACUUUGACAAGCGCGACUCGAGCUACGAGAAGCGUUGA